GACUCCAAAGAAAAAAAAAGAAAAAAAAAAAAAAAUAGAGGCGACCAAGUCCCUUUGCUUUCCUACAUCUCGCUUUGGUCCCUGCUUGCCUUUUGGGAGGGGCCCGACCCCUGGUAAGUGGGAAACCCGCCAGCCAGUGUGGGCUAUUGUUAUUUCUUCUCCCACCAGCAAAACUGCGUAACUGCAGAUAGAGUCAUGCCCACCCUGCCCCUACCCUGCUAUUUUUAGCAUCUCUUCUCGCCCUCUAACCAGACCAGCGAGCGAGCUUUCUUGCUUACCUUCCGAUAUGGCCGAGGAUAUGGAGGACGCUGAGUUCUUGCUUCCGUCCGAGUUCCUCUGCGACGAUUUCUUCCUCGAAGGAGUCAGGACUGCGGGGACUUCCUUCUCCACCGACCUUUGUCCCGCUUCCGACUCGAAUCCGAGCUCUCCGGUGGAUCCUGCGACCACCAAGUGCCACGAGGAGGACUACAUGGCCGGGCUAACCCAAAAGAUGGUUCGCUCCUUCCUUCAGGACGACGACGCCAACGAUACGCCUGUUCUUGCAGUUGAGAACGCAAAGGCACGGGCAGUUAUGGCCGGUUCACCGCAGUCUACUCUGAGCCCCUGGUCCGCUUCCGGGAAGGGGAGCCCGAACGCCCUGUCGCUGGGCGUGUCGCCACCGUCGACUCCGUUGGAGCGGCACAAAGACGACGCUUGGGAUCUGCUCUAUGCGGCGGAGGAGCACGUCACGCGGCUGAGAAGUCUCAACGACCAAGGCAACCAUCACAGCUAUCAGGGCAGCGGGCUCUUGUGGAAGUCUUCUCCCCCGGUUUCGGCCGCUUCCAAAGCCCCCGGCACUGGUUAUUACCACACGCCAGCUCUCACCCAGAACCAGCAGCAGUUCUGUCAUCUGAAGCAACCGCAGUUAAUGAAGCGGCAGCUCUCUGCAGCAUGGGGGAGGCAGAGCAGAGCAAGGGGGGGCGGCGGGGUUUAUGGUGGGGAGGGACGGUACGGCCGGCCUCUUGGCUUGCCGUCUUCGGCGUGGCCGCCUCUUCAGAAGCACCGGCAGCAACCCCAACUCGGUUCUUCUGGCAUGAGAGCGGUUUUCCUGACUGGUGCCGGCGCUAAAAGGGAGUCCGCCGGCACGGGUGUUUUCUUGCCUCGGAGAGUCGGCACUCCAAACGAGUCGCGCAAGAAGCCAGCUUGCUCGACUGUGCUUCUUCCCGCAAGAGUAGUUCAGGCUUUGAACUUGAAUAUGGAAGAAUUGGGAGCCCAGCAACACUUUCCGGAUGGCUUUGUUCUUGAUCACGGUGUUCUUGGGCGGGCCAACGCCGCCUUUUCCCAGCGGAACCGGAACCACUUCCGUCCCCCCGCCGCCGGCCGUUACGAGCCAUGAUGUACGUCACACCAGGGAUGAACGUACGUAAUAACCCUCGCCACUACUGGCCUCUUGCGUACCGAUGGUGGUAGCACUCUUGCAGUAGGUAGUGCUGGGUGUACUAGCUAGGUAUUGGGCAGCAAGUAAAUCCCAGCUUGGAGGAGCGCGCAGCAUCUGGUGCUGCUUCUAGUACGUAGUCUAGGAACGUUAUUAUUGGAUUUGAGCAUGGUGGAAGCGCUGGGAAGACGGACCUCAUGAAAUAGUUUGCGUCAGUGUAGGGAAUGGAAGUAGAAGAGUAGAAGAGGAAGAAAUAAGUCAUGCUUUUUGCAUAUAUAUAUAUAUAUAUAUAU